AUCUCCCUCUGCCAUUUUGGUUUUGUUCCCGUCUUGUGGUCGCACACAGGACUCGACCAGCUAAACGACAUAGUGACUCGACAUUUAUAGUCCGAAACCUUUUCACCUCGUUUCUUUUUGUAAGCAGAACUACAAUCAUCGUUAUUGACGUUUUACACACGAGAGGAGCGGUUUGCACAGAGAAGGGACAGAGAAGGAUUAUUGAUGUCCAGCUCGCCGCUGUCCAAGAAGCGUCGCGUGUCAGACUCAGAGACGAAGACGGGAUCCCAUUGCUCCUCCUCUAACUCUGUCAGAACUGAACUGUCUCACAGACCCGCCAACGGCAUGGCUAAGAAUAGCAAUGAUGCUGAGAUCGAUGAAGGCCUGUACUCCAGACAGCUCUACGUGUUGGGCCAUGAUGCUAUGAAGCGCAUGCAGAGCUCCAAUGUCCUGGUCUCAGGGCUGAGAGGGCUUGGAGUGGAGAUCGCUAAGAAUGUCAUCCUGGGUGGAGUCAAGAGUGUUACCCUGCACGACCAGGGACAGGCUGAGUGGAGAGACCUCUCCUCACAGUUCUACCUGCGUGAAGAGGACCUGGGGAAGAACAGGGCGGAGGUGUCUCAGACUCGCCUGGCUGAGCUCAACAGCUACGUACCUGUAGUGGCCUACACUGGAGCCCUCACCGACGACUACCUGACUCAGUUCCAGGUUGUAGUCCUGACCAACUCUCCCCUAGAGGAGCAGCAGAGUGUUGGAGAGGUCUGUCACAGUAACGGCAUCAAGCUGGUGAUCGCUGACACACGGGGACUCUUCGGACAGCUCUUCUGUGACUUUGGAGAGGAGAUGCUGGUGAUUGAUACCAAUGGAGAGCAGCCUCUCUCUUCCAUGAUCUCCAUGAUCACCAAGGACGCAGCAGGUGUGGUGACGUGUCUGGACGAGACUCGCCACGGGUUUGAGAGCGGAGACUUUGUGAUCUUCACUGAGGUGCAGGGCAUGACUGAGCUCAACAGCUGCAAGCCGUUAGAAAUCAAGACCCUGGGCCCAUACACCUUCAGUAUCUGUGACACCACAGGGUUCUCUGACUACGCCAGGGGAGGCAUCGUCUCUCAGGUCAAGAUGCCCAAGAAGGUGGCCUUCAAAUCCUUCACCACUUCCAUGGCUGAGCCAGAGUUUGUUCUGACAGACUUUGCUAAGUUUGAGCGACCAGGACAGCUUCACCUGGGCUUCCAGGCUCUACACAGCUACCAGAGGAAACACCGCAGGCUGCCCAAGCCCUGGUGCCAGGCUGAUGGAGAGGAGCUGGUGUCUCUGGCUAAAGAGGUGAACUCCAGCCAGACGGGGUCAGCUAAGGUGGAGGAGCUGGAUGACACGCUCAUUAAGAAACUAGCCUUCGUCUCCGCCGGCGACCUGGCACCAAUCAACGCUUUCAUUGGUGGACUGGCCGCACAGGAAGUUCUGAAGGCCUGUACAGGGAAGUUCAUGCCCAUGAUGCAGUGGCUGUAUUUUGAUGCUCUGGAGUGUCUGUCUGAGGAAGAGGGAGGAGCCAUGCUGACUGAGGAGGACUGUGCCCCUAGGAACAGUCGUUAUGAUGGCCAGAUCGCUGUGUUUGGCGUCAAGCUGCAGGAGGAGCUGGCUAAACAACGCUACUUCCUGGUUGGGGCUGGCGCUAUUGGCUGUGAGCUGCUCAAGAACUUUGCCAUGAUCGGAUUGGCUGGCGGGGAGGGUGAGGUCAUCGUGACAGACAUGGACACUAUUGAGAAAUCCAACCUCAACAGACAGUUCCUCUUCAGGCCGUGGGACGUGACGAAGAUGAAGAGUGAGACUGCGGCGGCAGCGGUGAAGCAGAUGAACCCGUCCAUCCGGAUCACGGGUCACCAGAACCGCGUCGGGCCCGACACCGAGCGCGUCUACGAUGACGACUUCUUCGAGAGCCUUCACGGAGUCGCCAACGCACUGGACAACGUUGACGCACGGAUGUACAUGGACCGGCGGUGUGUCUACUACCGUAAGCCCCUGUUGGAGUCCGGUACUCUGGGUACCAAGGGCAACGUCCAGGUGGUGAUCCCCUUCCUGACGGAGUCAUACAGCUCCUCCCAGGAUCCCCCAGAGAAGUCCAUCCCCAUCUGCACACUGAAGAACUUCCCCAACGCCAUCGAGCACACACUGCAGUGGGCCCGUGAUGAGUUUGAGGGUCUCUUUAAACAGCCAUCAGAGAAUGCCAUGCAGUACCUCACAGAUCCCAAGUUCCUGGAGAGGACCCUGAAGCUUCCUGGAGCCCAGCCUCUAGACGUGUUGGAGGCCGUCUAUAAGAGUCUGGUGACUGACUGCCCUCGCAGCUGGGCCGACUGUGUCAUCUGGGCUCGGCACCACUGGCAGUGCCAGUACAGCAACAACAUCCAUCAGCUACUGCACAACUUCCCCCCAGAACAGCUGACCAGCUCUGGCGCCCCCUUCUGGUCCGGUCCAAAGAGAUGUCCUCACCCUCUAGAGUUCAGCACCAGCAACGACCUCCAUAUGGACUAUGUGAUGGCAGGAGCCAACCUGUUUGCCCAGUCGUACGGCAUGCAGGGCUCUACUGACCGUGUCGGCGUGGCUAAGAUCCUGGACAGCCUAUCAGUGCCCACCUUUGUCCCCAGGUCAGGGGUCAAGAUCCACGUCUCUGACCAGGAGCUGCAGAGCGUCAACGCCAACGUCGAUGACAACAGGCUGGAGGAGCUGAAGACCCUGCUACCUGGACCUGAAGCUUCUUCUCAGUUUAAACUCACUGCCAUCGACUUUGAGAAGGACGAUGACUCCAACUUCCACAUGGACUUCAUUGUGGCUGCUUCCAAUCUGAGAGCAGAGAACUACAACAUUCCCCCUGCAGAUAGACACAAGAGUAAACUGAUAGCUGGUAAGAUCAUUCCUGCGAUAGCGACCACCACGGCGGCGGUCGUGGGUCUGGUGUGUCUGGAGCUCAUCAAGAUCGUUCAGGGACACAAGAAGUUGGAGUCGUUUAAGAACGGCUUCAUGAACCUGGCGCUCCCUUUCUUCGGUUUCUCAGAACCCAUCGCUGCUCCCAGCCACAAGUACUAUGAGAUUGACUGGUCGCUGUGGGAUCGGUUUGAGGUGAAGGGUCUGCAGCCCAGUGGAGAGGAGAUGACACUCCGACAGUUCCUCGACUACUUCAAGAAUGAGCAUCAGUUGGAGAUCACCAUGCUGUCUCAGGGAGUCUCCAUGCUCUACUCCUUCUUCAUGCCUGCAGCUAAACUCAAGGAGAGGCUGGUGCUGCCGAUGACUGAGAUUGUGACCAAGGUUUCUAAGAAGAAGCUGGGGAAGCAUGUUAAAGCCCUGGUGUUUGAGCUGUGCUGCAACGACCUGACUGACGAAGAUGUGGAGGUUCCCUACGUCCGAUACACCAUCCGCUGAACACACCGGAGGGGGGAGAGAAGAGGCUGAAUCACUGAUGGGGGAAAGGUGUCUUUGAUUCAAUCACUUGAAGAGGAAAAUGGUUAUUGAAGCCCUGGUUGAAAAUGGCGCCCUGUUCUCUCUAUAGUCCAUCCUGAAUGUAUAGGGAAUAGGGUGCCACCAGUUACCUAACAAACACCGGUGUGUUGGGACAUGGUUGUGGGGAGGUUGUAAACGGGUUGGUCCCUGUACCCUACAACUCUGCUACCCUCACCCCUCAAUACUGCCGUACCAGGGCUCUGAACCAACGUGUUACACCCCUUUCUUCCAUCCCUCCCUGUUCUCCUCCCCUGACCUCUGCUUUGUAUUGUAAAACACAAGUCAUGACGUGACACGUCUGAUCAGUAAAAUGCCAAACAAAACUAACUGGAACAAAUAUUACAUCUCUAUUUAAGGAUUUUAUCAAUUUUGGAAAACAGAAAUCCAGGAAAUUGUACCCUAAAAUCACUGCCUUGGAUUCUAGUUGAACUUUGAAAUGGGAGGUGUGAAUAAAGAUUAACCCUUGACUGCCCUGGCCCUAACUGUAACAUAACCUGACCUGGGUGGGGGGCAGGCUGACUGACCGGGACCCCAGGGUUGGUCUUUUAACAGGCGUGUCUCUGCCCCCAAGGGGUGGGAGGGGGGAUGGUGGGGGGUCUGGUGUUUAAACAGUUGAGUUUUCCAUUUUAUUUUGUCUUUUUCAUUUUUAUUGUGGGACGGACUUGUUGGACCGGCGCACACACCUUUAGGAACAUAAUCUCUGUCUUGUUCUGUCUGCUUUGUAAACUCCAGUGACUGCAUUACAGUGGAGGAAGAGUGUGAGACAUGGAGGAGUUGGUCUGGUAGAGCUGUAAUGGGAACACUUAGUGUGAUGAAUAAAUACAAUGUAUAAGAUGAA